AUGGACCUGAUUCAUACGUUUCUGAACCUUGUAGCUCCUCCCUUCACCUUCUUUUUCCUAUGCCUGUUCUUGCCACCGUACUGGGGUCUCAAGUUUAUGGUGUCCAUCCUAAGCUGGUUGCUGAGUGAGAAUGUGGCUGGUAAAGUGGUUCACAUCACAGGUGCUUCCUCUGGCAUUGGGGAGUAUUUGGCGUACGAGUAUGCAAAGAGGGGUGCUUGCCUUGCGCUUUCUGCGAGGAGGGAAACUGCUCUCCAUCAAGUUGCUGACACAGCCCGUCAUCUUGGAUCUCCCGAUGUUAUCGUUAUGCGUGCCGAUGUUUCCAAGCCUGAGGACUGCAUGCGAUUGAUCGACCAAACUGUCAAUCAUUUUGGAAGACUGGAUCACCUUGUAAAUAACGCGGCACUCAGCGUUGCUACCUUGUUUGAAGAAACCCCUGAUAUCUCCAAUUUGAGGCCUAUCAUGGAAACAAACUUUUGGGGAUCAGUAUACACAACCCGUUAUGCAUUACAGCAUCUGAGGAAGAGCAGAGGCAAAAUCGUGGUCAUGUCAUCUGUAGAUUCAUGGUUGCCUGCGCCCAGAAGGCACAUCUAUAGCGCAAGCAAAGCAGCAUUGGUGAGCCUGUAUGAAACGCUGAGGGUGGAGGUCGGGUCGGAAAUAGGCAUAACAAUCGUGACACCGGGGUACAUAGAGUCGGAAAUAACGAAAGGGAAGUUCCUAAGCGCACAAGGGGAGGUCGAUGUUGAUCAGGAUCUGAGAGACGUGGAGGUGAGCGCAGUGCCGGUGGGGUCAGUGAGUGGAUGCGCCGAAUCGAUAAUAAAGAGCACUUUGAGGGGAGACAGGUGCCUAACUGUACCCUCAUGGUUCAGGAUGACAUACUUCAUCAAACUCCUCUGCCCUGAGCUUCUCGAGUGGACCUUCAGGUUGCUGUAUCUAACUGCACCCGGAACUCCCACAAGUGAUGCACUUAGCAAGAAGAUUCUAGACGCCACCGGUGCCAAGAACUUGUUCUACCCUCCUUCCAUCCAAUCCCCUGAUGUCAAGACUGAUUGA